AUGUCUGCCGACACAUCAGAUCUCACAAAGGUCGACUCUGCCAUCGCCGUCGAUGAUGGCGCGCCCAAGGAUGCAGCCAAGGAGACCAAGCGAAGAACAACAUCCAGCGCUCCUGGUGUCAUGAACAUCAAUGAUCUCGAGAAGGAGGGAACCAAGAUCUCCGUUGCGGCUGAGACGCAGAAGACCGGAUGGAAAAUCAACACCUCACCUUCCUCGGUCGAAGAUCCCUCAAUCCUGAAGAAGCUGCUCACUACUCCUCCCGUCAAGAAGAUCGACCUACACUUCCCACUCGGUCUCGAAGUCACUGCCAGGAACUUGAAAGGUGUCACGAUAAAGGAUGCACUAGAUGCGAUUCACAAGCAAUUCAAGAAGAAGGCUGAUGAUGAGAUGGAAGAGCCAUACCUCAAAGGAUUCGAAUGGGAUCCCGAAGAGUCAUGGACCAGACUCAAGGUCCACACUCAGAAAGAAGGGCUCCCCGUUGGCAAGAAGUCCAAGAAGAAGGGUGGCGAUGAGUAA